AUGAAGAUGGGCCGGCCACUAGGCUCCGACGCAAGUGAGAUGUUCGAGCAAUGGAUGGCGGAGGCCGGUUUCGUGGACAUACAGACCAAAAUGUUUAUGUGGCCUUCAAAUAGCUGGCCAAAAGAUCCAGUCAUGAAAGAGCUGGGCAGGUGGAAUCAGGUCAAUAUCAUUGAAGGUUUAGAAGGCUUUUGUCUUGCACUCCUGACAAGAGCACUGGGGUGGACGAAGGAGGAGGUCGAGAUCUUUGUGGCGAAGAUCACGGCGGAUCUGAGGAACAAGAAGAUACAUGCCUACUUUCAAAUGCCGGUGGUGUUUGGAAGAAAGCCUUUUCCGGGAGAGGUGACACUCCAGUAA